AUGAUUAGAGGAAAUUUUUUUCAGUUUCUCAGUGUAGUGAUAGCGAUGGGAAUUACACCGAAACAUGACAUCAAAGAUUACUGGUCUACAGCGAACCACAAAUUCACACCAUGGUUCAAGGUAAUGUUUCCAAGAACUAAGUUCUUGCUUGUUUACCAGUCAAUGCUGCAUGCAUCAGAACCCAAUGCAGAAGGCCAAGCAAAGAUUGAGCCAUUUGUGAAAAAUCUAGUAACAAAGUUUCAGUCAGCAUUUUACCCAUAUGAAAAUCUUUCUGUUGAUGAGAUGGUGAUUGGUUUCAAAGGCAGGUUUCAUGCUAAACAGUACCAUGCAGCCAAGCCUCACAAGUAUCAUAUAAAGACAUUUGGUCUUUGUGAUUCAAUCACAGGCUAUGUUUAUAAUCUGUUAAUUUACUUGGGAGCAAAAACUGCCUACAAUCCUGAGCUUGAUCCAACAUCAACUCACGCUUUAAAGGUAUUUUCAACCCUACUGCAGGGUGUUGAAAGUUACCAUCAUCUAUUUGCAGAUAGAUUUUAUACAUCACUCCCUCUCAUUCAAUUUCUUUUAUCCAGGAAAUUGAAUUAUACUGGCACGGUGAAUAAAAACCGCAAAGGAUUGCCGCAGCAGCUAAAACAACAACCAACCAUCUUUGGAACUCCGAGAUGGUUAGUUAAUAAUGAGCAGAAUAUCCUUUGCGUUUCCUGGAGGGAUAAAAAAAUCAAAAAAACCUUGCAUCCUACUGACCACAAAUGGAAUCGAAAGGUUCAGAAACCUAGCCCCAUUCACUCAUACAAUAUGAGUAUGAAUGGCUGUGAUCGUUUGGAUCAAAUGGUCUCGUACUAUAGUAACCACAAUCGCAAAACUAAGAAGUGGUGGAAAAAGGUUUUUACGUGGAUCGUGGAAGUGAUGCAGGUCAAUGCUCACAUAUUGUACAUGUCAUCCCAUCAGGCUGCCCCCAAGCGAAUGAGUCUCGCACAUUUAAAGGAGAGCUCAUCCAGCAACUAA